UCUCUCUCUCGCUCCCUUGGCCGGAUCCCAGAAAAAGCUCUCUGGCCCCCAUUCCCCCUCGGGGUCUUUAAAUUGAUCGCAUUGCGGACCGCUGAGGCACAUACCAACGCGCACUCUGGUUCUUUCUUGAAACCUUUCUCUUGCUCUUUCUUUUCUCUCUUCUCGUGGUUUGCUUCUUGGAGAAGGGAAAUGGCGGUGGAUCCGAGGCAGGUGCUGGCGGCGUUCUUGACGAUGUCCAUGUUUGCUAUGCUCGGGAAUAUGAUCAAGAAGGAUCACUUCGAUAACAUGGAGCUGAGUUUUACCAUGCCAUCAUUUCCAUCGGAAUCUAAGGUUGGUAUAAUGAGAGUUGAAGAGAUGGUUGGACGCCAAGCUUCUACAGUGAAACAAGGGCCAUGGAGCGAGAGAGGCCAAGAACUAAAAGCUUGUUGGAAUAAACCAGCUAUAAAGGAGGAAGGGCAGUCAAAAGGUUUCAUUACAUUCUCUUUGACAGGUGGUCCUGAGUACCAUGUCUCCCAGAUUACAGAUGCGGUGGUCAUUGCGAGGUAUCUGGGUGCUACACUGGUGCUGCCUGACAUCAGAGGAAGUGAAUUGGGUCAAAAGAAGAAUUUCGAAGAUUUGUAUGAUGCUGAUAGAUUCAUGAGGAGCCUGGAUGGUGUGAUAAAGAUGGCCAAGGAGGUCCCUGCUGAGGUAGCGACUGAAAAGCCAACAGUUGUCAGGGUCCCCAACGGGGUGUCAGAAGACUUCAUCAUGGAGAAUGUUGAACCAGUAUUCCGAACCAAGAGUUACUUGAGGCUUGCAAUUUUUUUCCCUUCAGUAAGUAUGAAGGCGGGGGGAAAGCGGAACAGUGACCUGGUUUCAACUGCUUGCUUAGCAAUGUUUGGUAGCCUUGAGCUGAAACCUGAAAUUUAUGAAGUUGCUGAUCGAAUUGUGGAGAGGCUGAGAACCCUUAGCCACAAGCCAGAUGGCCAGUUCAUUGCAGUUGACCUGAGGGUUGAUAUUCUGGGGAAAGAGAGGUGCAAAGAGAGUGGAGGCACAGGAAGGAAAAGUUGUUACAACGCACAGGAGGUCGGAGACUUCUUAAGUAAAAUUGGCUUUGAUGGCGAUACCACUAUUUAUCUGACUCAGACUUGGUGGCAUGAAAGUCUUGAUCCAUUGAAGGAGAUCUUCCCAAAAACUUAUACCAAGGAUGAUCUAAUGCCUGCAGACAAGAAGGGUGAAUUCCUCGGGUUAGAAAGUUCUGAAUUAGAGAGAGUUGUUGACUUCCACAUUUGCUCCCGCGGCGAUGUGUUUGUGCCUGCCAUUUCUGGCCUGUUCUAUGGAAAUGUUGCUGGGAAGAGAAUAGCUUCUGGGCGGACCCAAAUACUUGUCCCCUCCCAAGUGCCUGGUUCUUCGGCCCCAGCUUCUGAUUUCAUCUCAGCCUAUGUCACCAAGAAGAACCAUCUCGCAUACUCAUGCUAUUGCUAAGCUUGUGCUGGAUAAAAUAUAGAAGCCGAAAGAGACCUCACCUGUUCGUGGAAUCACCACGAGCAUGCGUUGACUUUCCUUUUCUCUAUCGUUGCUUUUCCAAUCAUGUAGUGAACUGAAAAGGUACAUUGUUGGAGUCGAUAAGUUAAUAAAACCAACUUUAUUUAUUAUAUCAACAA